AUGCAAGCCAAGUGGCCGAUGGCGAUGGGCUCAUUCGCGCUUGCGUCGCUCUGCCAUCGCGUGAAGACGAGUAUGCAUUGCUUUCUGCAAAAGUGCCUUGCGCUCUUGAGACACGCCGUCGACUCGCCCAGUCUCCAAGAGGGAGCCGGACGCGGCCGAGACCGCCUCGGCGGUACCGGAGGCGAGCGAGGCCGAGGCCGUCAGCUCGACCGAGUCCCUGCCGGCGACGCGUCUGGCCGAGGCCAGUCGGUUGCAGCCGUGCUUGUCGGGCGGCGCCCGAUGCUGAGGACAGAAUUGGUGGCCGCAGAGCCGACAUGUGCCGCCUGCGGACUCCACUUUCCGGCCGUCCGACGUGGCGACGCAAGACCGGUUUCUGCCGCCUCCCGCGGCACCGCCGGCCACGCCGGAGGCACGCACGAGGUUGACACAGUCGCGCAGGCUGCACACGCCACGGAUGGCCUGCAGCAAGCCGUCCACGUCGUUCGAGUGCACGUUGGCCAGACGAGCUCCAAUCAGGCGAUCGCGACGUUGUGCCGCACUCAACUGGCUCUAGGGUUGUCGGAAAACGCGAAAGGGAAAGGAAAAAAUACAAGUAAAUUAAAAUAA